UCUUAGAAGCUUUCGUAAAAUAUUUUAUUCCUCGAGCUUGGAUGAACUUCCGGCCGUCGCUACCAUAUGCUCACGCUCAGUCUGAGAUUUCUCAUUUCCGCUUUGGCUUAACAUUUUCCUACAUACCAUAUUCUGAUUUCUUAUUUCUGGUUUCUAUGGUGAAUUUGAAGAGUUAUAUCAUUGUAUGGUGAAUGGGGAAAAUAUCUCUCUUGAAGACGUUCUUGAUUUUGGAACAUAACGCAAUAUAUUCUGGUUUCCAAACUCAAAGAUUGUGAAAAUGGGAGGGAGAGCCGGAGACGAUGAAGAUGAGUAAUAGGCCUUCUGCCUCUGCUUAUCUCACCUGAUCUGGCUUGUGCUUUUCGUUCUCCUGGAAAUACUGAAUGGCUACCAACUCUUCCACCAGAGUUCGAGAAUAUGGGGAAAGCCGCAAACAGUUAUUGAAAUAUGUAAGAGAUCAUUGCAAAACUGGGACCUUCAUGAAUCUUGACGGUGCCAUGGGCUUAUUCGAUCGGAUGGUCUGCAUGCACCCGUUGCCUUCUGUUGUGUCUUUUAAUCAAUUGCUGACAUCAAUUGCAAGAGCGAAGCAUCACUCGAUUGUGAUCACAUUGGUAAAACAAAUGGACUUUUUAGAAAUUGCUCCUAAUAUUCAUACUCUCACUAUUUUGGUUAAUUGCCUGUGCCAUCUUAACCGUGUGGAUUUGGGGUUCUCUGUUUUGGCAAAAAUUUUGAAACUUGGUUUUCAACCUAACUGUGUGUCUAUAAACACUCUUGUCAAGGGGCUUUGUCUCCAGGGUAAAAUUGUUGAAGCAGUGAAUCUGGCUGAUGAAAUGGGGGAGAGGGGAUUUAAACCUAAUGAAUUUACCUAUGCAGUCAUAAUUAACGCUCUGUGUAAAGUAGGUGAAACCGAUCUGGCCAUUAACUCACUCAGGAAGAUGGAAGAUGCAAAUUUUGUACUUAAUGCAGCAUCGUAUAAUCCAAUCAUUUGCAGUUUGUGCAAGGACGGAUUGUUGACUGAUGCCUUGAAACUUUUUUCCAUAAUGAUGAGUAAAGGCAUUCAGCCAGACCUUUUUACUUACAAUCAUUUAAUUCAGGGCCUAUGCAAUUUUGGCCAUUGGAAAGAGGCUGCUAAAUUAGUGACUCAGAUGGAAGAAAGGAAUAUCAUUCCAAAUGUGCAUUCUUUCAAUAUAUUGGUGGAUGUGCUUCUAAAAGAGGGGAAGAUGACGGAGGCAAAAGAAGCUCUUGAUAUGAUGACUGAGAAAGGCAUCGAGCCAAAUGUAUUCACACACAACUCUUUGAUUGAUUGUUAUUGUCAGCAAAACAAAAUGGAUGAGGCAGUCAAAACAUUUAACACGAUGGUUAGGAGGGGUUGUUCUCCUGAUGUUUUUAGCUAUAACAUAUUAAUCAAUGGAUAUUGUAAAAGUAAGAGAAUUGCUGAGGCAAUAAAUCUCUUUCACGAAAUGUUAGACAAGAGAAUGAUUCCCAAUGUUGUCACUUACACCACUCUUAUAGGUGGGUUUUGCCAAGUGGGGAGAACUCUAGCUGCGUUAGAGCUACUUCAUGAGAUGCAAGCUUCUGGAGAACAUCCUGAUCUCCAAACUUAUGCCGUUUUGUUAGAUGGUCUUUUUAAGAACGGAUGUUUUGUGGAGGCAAUGUCAUUGUUUCGAGAGAUGGUAGACAAAAAGUUGGAAAUUGAUAUUUUGAUUUACACCAGCUUGAUUGAUGCUAUGUGUAAUGCGGGAAAACUUGUGACUGCAAAAGAACUCUUUUGUAGUCUUUCUACCAAAGGGUUGCAACCUAAUGCUCGCACUUACACUAUAAUGUUCAAAGGACUAUGCAAAGAGGGACUAAUAAAUGAAGCCUGCGACCUGCUUGAGAAAAUGGAUGGGAAUGGUUGCUUGCCUGACAAAUUCUUGUAUAACACAAUUAUCCAAGGAUUACUGCAACAUGACGAGACAUCAAGGGCAGUAGAAUAUAUUGAAAUAAUGGUUGGCAAGGGUUUCUCUGCAGAUGAAACAACUGCGACCAUGGUGAUUGAGUUGUUGUGUGCUAAUAAAGUUGGUAAGACAAAAAAGAGUGGUUUGAGAAGCUUUUGUAAAAGGCUUGCUUGGUUUUCAAUGCCAAGAACAUCUAUAUACUUCAACGCUUCACUAGCUGAUCUAUAGGGAAUGUUUAUUUACUGCAAGAGAAUUUUAAAUCUCUCAUUUUUAUGGGCAAGAUUGAUCAGUCCUCUGCCUCUAUUAUCUUUCAUUGAAAUAUUUGACCAAUGGAAAGUACUUGCAGCGGAAAUUAGACUCUGGGAUUUUGUU